AUUGGAGCUCAGUUGAGCGCUGGCAGUCAAGUGCAGCGGUUGUGUGGUGCGCUUAAGGCUUGUACCGAGUACAAAACGUGAAUAGUGGGUGUCAGUCAACGGCCGGGUUUACUCGCUACCGCUAGUACAGUUGUAUGUAGGCGGGAUUGCUUGCGUGCGACUUGCAUAAUAAUUGAUUUGUUUUUAUUGCUCAUUUACAUGAAAACCAUACAAUAAGAGUUCAGUGACGUGUGCGCGCACUUCAUUUAGUGAUUUAUAUUUUUAUUUUGGGUUAAUUGCAAAAAAAAAAUAAAAAAUUUAUUGCAAACGGCAUAUAAUUAAUUAAAAUUUAUGAUAAAAAAUUGAAAUAUUUUGAAAUGUUUUGGAAAACGAAUUUACUGUUGUUAUUGGCUUUGAUAAGUGCAACGCAGGCGCGUAAUUUGCCACGCUCGGAUGCAACAAGCGAUGCGAAUAAAAAAACACCUUGGGAAUUGACGGAAGCGCUCUCAGCCGGCGGUUCUUUACGUGGUUUCAAUGGAAGUUGGAUUAAUGAUGUCGAAUUUGCGUACAGAGCAGCUGACGGUUACCUCUAUAAAUAUAAUGUGGCCACGCUAAGUCGUGCCUUGAUUUUGCCACCAGCCAUUUUUGAAGUAUACCCACCAGAUCUGACGAUCACUUUCUCCCCAGAUAACACCAAAUUGCUCAUACGUUACGAUGUCGAACAACAGUUUAGGCAUUCAGUGAUUGCUAAAUACUCGUUGCUGGAUAUAGACACGAGGACUGAGACGAAAAUCCAUAAUGGCGAAAAGCUGCAGUUCUGCAGUUGGUCGCCGUCGAAGAAUCGUCUAGCCUACAUCUAUGAAAACAAUGUGCACGUACACUAUGAAGAUGAUACCGAGUUGCAGCUUACUACUGAUGGUAUCACAGGUAUUGUUUACAACGGUAUACCCGAUUGGGUGUACGAGGAGGAGGUACUCUCUAGCGGUAGCGCCAUGUGGUGGUCUAAGGAUGGUACACAUUUGAUCAGCGGCUAUUUCAAUGAUGUCGAUGUGAAGACUUUCAAAUAUCAAGUCUACGAAGAUAAAUAUGUGAACAACUCGUUGCUGGAGUACCAAUAUCCGGUAGAACUCGAUUUGAAGUAUCCCAAGGCGGGCACACCCAAUCCAGUUGUGGGCCUACGUCUAUUCAACAUAGAUACCAAACAAUUAGUGCCCGUGAAUAUUACCGCGCCAGUGGAUGUGGUAACGGCCGAUCAUAUCAUACAAAACGUUGUGUGGAUUGAUAGUGGACGUGUUUUGUUGGUUUGGCUGAACCGUCGUCAGAAUUUGGCUUCGCUGCAGGAAUGCACUGUGACCGGUGUGUGCCGUGAGGUGACACAGUUGAGCGAGCCCUCUGGUUGGAUUAUGAUUAGCACACCAAAGUGUGAGGCCACAUACUGUACAUUCACCUAUUGGAUUGAUGAUUGGCUGCAAGUGUGGAAGUUGGACUUGGCCACAGGCAAGAAUCAAUGGCAAACUCGUGGUAAUAUUACGGUGUUGAAUGCUUACUUCUACGACGAGGCUGCCGAUGAGCUCUACUACCAAGCCACCUUGAAGAAUGAACCCUUCCAAAUGCAUGUCUUCCGCAACAAUGAAUGCUUAAGUUGUGAAUUGCGUGAUCUGGACAAUGACGUGUGUCGCUCUGCUGGCGCCUCCUUCAGUUCCAACCGCACAUAUUACAUUUUGAAUUGUAAUGGACCUGGACCUGCUGUUAUACGUAUUUUUGAGACAAAGACUAAACGUGAACUUUCUGUUUGGGAAGAUAACAACUAUUUCCACAAAAAGUUCGCCAACAAAGAGUUUCCAAAUAAUACUUAUUUGAAUGUACCGCUGGCUGAUGGUUCCUUUGCCGCGGUGAAACUGCAAUUCCCACCUAAUUUGGACAAGUCCAAAAAAUAUCCAAUGAUUGUGAAUGUUUACGGCGGUCCGAACUCAGUGCGCGUCACGAGCGGCUUCGGCACCGGUUACAACUUGUUUGUGACUACAAAUCGCGAGGUCAUCUAUGCGCUCAUCGAUGGACGUGGUACCGGCAAUAAGGGCAAGAAUUUACUAUUCAGCGUCAAUAAUAAUUUGGGCGACUUGGAGGCACAAGAUCAAAUCUAUGUAACCAAAUAUCUGCAGACCCAAUACUCUUUCAUCGAUAGCGAACGUGUCGGCAUUUGGGGUUGGAGUUACGGUGGUUAUAUGACGCUCAAAACACUGGAGUAUGAUGCGAAUAAUGUGUUCCAGUGUGGUGUGAGUGUGGCGCCAGUUACCUCAUGGUUGUACUAUGAUACCAUCUAUACUGAACGUUAUAUGGGCUUGCCAACUGAGGACGAUAAUUUGGAUGGUUAUCUGCAGAGUAGUGUGUUCCGAGAUAUUAGCACUUUCAAUAUUCACGAUCUCCUGCUGAUCCACGGCACAGCCGAUGAUAAUGUGCACUAUCAGAACUCGCUGUUGUUUGCCAAGCAACUGCAAGCUGCCAACAUUUUGUUCGAGGAAAUGUCCUACACCGAUGAAAACCACUCAAUUGGCAGCUUUUUACCUCAUGUCUACAAUACGAUUGACAACUUCUUUAUCAGUUGCCUCAAUUUACAUGUUAAAGAUGACGAUGAGAGCGAUGAUGAGAAGAGUAAUUGAUUUAAAUAUAAGACUGGAUGUUCCAUGACCAGAUUGUUCAUACGAGUAAGCAGCAGAAGUAUUAGUUAGUCAAUAUUUUUCAAUUACUUUUCACAAUAAAAUUUAUUCCAAAGAACUUGGAAGGUUUUGAAA